UUGACAACACAAAGGACUUCACGGAACUCGCAGGCACCGCCUCCCUUUCCAAAUAAGGGCAGUCUCUCCAUGUACGGCAAACAAUCGGUGCGAGAUUGCCCUUUUCUCUUCCUUAUCCCGUUUAUAUGAUCGGAGAGGAACUGCGCUUCAGGUUGGAAGCGGUGCGAUCAUGGCCGAGCGAGUCCAGCAGCCCCCAGCCAAGCGGCUCUGCUGCAGGCCCGGCUACAACCCGGCAUGCAGACAGGGGCAGCGGGCUGGAGGAGUCCUGUGUGGCGGCGCGGGGUCCGCUCCGGGAGGGUCGGGGAAUGGAAAAACGCACAACCCCGAGUCGUUGCUCGACAUCGCGGCGCGCAGAGUCGCGGAGAAGUGGCCCUUCCAGAGGGUGGAGGAGCGGUUCGAGAGGAUCCCGGAGCCCGUCCAGCGAAGGAUCGUAUACUGGUCAUUCCCGAGAAGCGAGAAGGAAAUCUGUAUGUAUUCCUCUUUCAACGCCGGAGGAGAGGAAAGUGGAACUAGCGGGGACAAUAAUGACGAAACCCAGCUGCCUUUCUUACGGGGUGUCACUCUGCUAGAGGGUGGCUGGGUGGACAACGUAUUGCAAGUCGGUUUCCAUCUCAGCGGCACGGUGACAGACCCCGCAACACCCUCGUCCCCGGAGCUUGUCUGCAGCGUCAGCGUCAGCUUCGACCGCUGCAAAAUCACAGCAGUAACAUGCACCUGUGGCAAAGACAUCUUCUACUGCGCCCAUGUAGUGGCGCUAUCGCUUUACAGAGUACGGAAACCCGAGCAGGUCAAAUUGCACCUGCCCAUCUCGGAAACCUUGUUCCAGAUGAGCAGAGACCAGCUGCAGAAGUUCGUCCAGUACUUGAUCUCAGUCCAUCACACAGAAGUGUUGCCCACCGCACAGAAACUGGCUGACGAGAUCCUUUCGCAGAACUCGGAGAUCAACCAAGUCCACGGGGCCCCAGACCCCACGGCUGGAGCCAGCGUGGACGAUGAGAACUGCUGGCAUCUGGACGAGGAGCAGGUUCAGGAGCAAGUCAAGCUCUUCCUAUCACAGGGAGGAUACCACGGCUCGGGCAAGCAACUCAACCUGCUCUUCAGCAAGGUGAGGGAGAUGCUGAAGAUGCGUGACUCCAACGGAGCGAGGAUGUUAACACUGAUCACAGAACAGUUCAUGGCCGAUCCUCGGCUGGCGCUAUGGAGACAGCAGGGCACCACCAUGACCGACAAGUACAGACAGCUCUGGGACGAGCUAGGUGCCCUGUGGAUGUGCAUCGUACUGAACCCUCACUGCAAACCCGAGCAAAAGUCCUCGUGGCUGCGUCAGCUGCGCAGAUGGAACAGCGUGGACGUCUGCCCCUGGGAGGACGGUAACCACGGCAAUGAGCUGCCCAACCUCACCCACUCACUGCCUCAGGGUGCCCAUGGCAACCAAGAGAUGCGUCCCCACCGGACUGUGUUCACUCGGGCCAUCGAAGCCUGUGACCUGCACUGGCAGGACCGACACCUCCAGCACAUUAUCGCCAGUGACCUCUAUGCCAACUACUGUUACCAUGACAACCAGGACGGCUCCCUCUUUGACUCACGCGGAUGGCCCUUGUGGCACGAACAUGUCCCGACGGCCUGCGCUAGAGUCGACGCCCUGCGAUCGCAUGGUUACCCAAGAGAAGCCCUCCGAUUGGCCAUCGCUGUGGUGAACACGUUACGGCGGCAACAGCAGAGGCAACUGGAGCACUUUCGGCGACACAAGAAAGAGUUGCUCCAUAAAGGCCAUACCUCUAUAACCAACAUGGAGGGCUGGGUUGGACACCCGCUCGAUCCCAUCGGCACCCUUUUCAGCACCCUUACAGAGUCGGGGCGAGUGGGAGAGGAGGGCGCCAACACCUGUUUAGACCUCUCAGAUUGCUCUAGUGUUGUAAGCAGAGCAGAGCUCCAGCGGAUGCCUGUGCAGCGAUUGUUAGGAGAUGGUGAGUCUUACGUGGCACUGGCGGUGGAGACGGCUCUGGUCGGCUUGGGCCAGCAGCGGGUGAUGCCGGACGGGCUGUAUGCUCAAGAGAAGGUGUGUCGCAAUGAAGAGCAGCUAUUGGCUAAGCUGCAGGAAGUGGAACUGGACGACUCCCUGGUCAAAAUCUUCCGUAAACAGGCCGUCUUUCUGCUAGAGGCUGGCCCGUACUCUGGCCUCGGAGAGAUCGUCCACAGAGAGAGCGUUCCCAUGCACACCUUCGCCCGCUAUCUCUUUACCUCCCUGCUACCUCACGACGCUGAACUGGCGUACAAACUUGCACUGAGAGCCAUGAGGUUGCCGGUGUUGGAGUCGACAGCCUCGUCAGGUGACCUGUCACGACCCCACCACAUCGUAUCAGUGGUGCCCAACCGCUACCCGCGCUGGUUCACCCUGAGCCACAUAGAGUCUCAGCAGUGUGAGCUGGCCUCCACCAUGCUAACUGCUGCCAAAGGUGACAGUCGAAGACUGGAGACAGUUCUGGAGUCCAUCCAGAAAAAUAUCCACUCCUCGUCUCACAUCUUCAAACUGGCACAGGAUGCGUUCAAGAUCGCCACUCUGAUGGACAGCUUGCCUGACAUCACACUUCUAAAAGUCUCUCUGGAGCUUGGGCUGCAGGUGAUGAGAAUAACUCUUUCUACAUUAAACUGGAGGAGGAGAGAGAUGGUGCGCUGGUUAGUUACAUGUGCCACUGAAGUUGGUGUGUACGCACUGGACAGCAUCAUGCAAAGUUGGUUCACCCUCUUCACCCCCACAGAGGCCACCAGUAUCGUGGCCACAACCGUCAUGUCCAACAGCACUAUCGUUCGCCUCCACCUGGACUGCCACCAGCAGGAGAACCUCGCCUCGUCAGCCCGCACCCUCGCCCUGCAGUGUGCCAUGAAGGACCCCCAGAACUGCGCCCUCUCUGCCCUCACACUCUGUGAAAAGGACCACAUUGCCUUCGAGACAGCCUACCAGAUUGUACUGGAUGCAGCAGCGACGGGGAUGAGCUACACGCAGCUCUUCACUAUAGCCCGCUACAUGGAGCACCGGGGAUACCCAAUGAGGGCGUACAAGCUAGCAACGUUAGCAAUGGCUCACCUGAACCUUAGUUACAACCAGGACACGCACCCGGCCAUCAAUGACGUGCUGUGGGCCUGUGCACUUAGCCACUCGCUGGGAAAAAACGAGCUGGCUGCUGUCAUCCCUCUUGUGGUGAAGAGCGUGAAGUGUGCCACAGUGCUCUCGGACAUUUUGCGGCGGUGCACGCUGACCACACCGGGAAUGGUGUCAGCAUUGCACAGUCGUAGGAACUCUGGGAAGCUAAUGUCCCUGGACAAGGCGCCGCUAAGGCAGCUGCUGGACGCAACCAUCGGGGCCUACAUCAACACCACACACUCACGGCUCACACACAUCAGCCCGCGCCACUACAGCGAGUUUAUCGAGUUCUUGGGGAAAGCCCGGGAGACUUUUAUGAUGGCUCACGACGGACACAUUCAGUUCACACAAUUCAUAGACAACCUGAAACAGAUCUACAAGGGCAAAAAGAAACUUAUGAUGCUGGUGAGGGAGAGGUUCGGCUGAGGGCGAGGCCCCCUCCUGCUCUAGUACUUUUCUAUUAACUUGAGUCUGCCUUUUGAACUUCUUUUGGACGUAUAAAAUAGACGAGUAAAAAGAGGGAUGUGACUUGUAGAAUGAAGCAAAAAGAGAAAGGAAAAGAUGACAAAAAAAUCAACAGAGCCACAUGCGGUAUUAUUGUUCUUGCUGUUGUUAUUGUUAUAAACAUUAUUACUAUUAUUAUUAUUAAUAUUAUUACUACUAUGUGUACAGAAGUGUUUUUAUUUUUCAGAAGAGAGGAAAUUUGUCAUGUUGUGAAUGUUGUGUGUAUUUCUCUACAUGUGUGCGAGAGGAAAAAUGAAAAGUGAAAUGGCUUUUUUUGAAUCGUUCCUUUUAAUUUUAUGAUUUAAAGCAUUUUUUUUU